AUGGCCCAGAAGAAGGUCUGUCUGAAUUAUGGAAAUGGACUCCAUGUGAUGAUUUAUAAUGGAAAUGGCAGGAGUGGCAUCUUGUCUCAUCCCAACAGCCUCAUCAGGCAGAAGAGGGAAUGGACAGUGCCUCCAGCUUUCAUAAGGGAGGAGGAGGACAACUCUCAUAAGAAUCCCAUUGCUAGAAUACAUUCUGAUCUUGAAGAUUCAGGGGUAGUGGUGACUUACACUAUAUCUGGUCAAGGAGUAACAGAACCCCCUUAUGGAUUAUUUGUUAUCAAUGGGAAGACUGGAGAUUUGAACAUAACAGGAAGGGUUGACAGAGAAAAGACUCCAAUGCUACUUCUUAGAGGUUAUGCACUAGAUAAGAAUGGAGCAAAACUGGAAGAGCCAAUAGACCUCCCAAUUAAAAUUGUGGAUAUAAAUGACAAUUUUCCAGUGUUUUCACAUGAAGUUUUUGUUGGUUCAGUUGAAGAAUUAAGUGAAACAGGUACAAUUGUAAUGAGAAUAAAUGCAACGGAUGCAGAUGAACCAAAUAACCUCAAUUCCAAAAUUGCUUUCAGGAUUGUUUCCCAAAGCCCCAGUGCUGCAUUCAGUAUGAAUAAGGAUAGUGGAGAGGUUCGAGUAGCAAAAAUAAACCUUGACAGAGAGACACAAAGUAGCUAUUCUUUGGUGGUGGAAGCAAAAGACCGUGGUGGUGAAGUAGGUGGGAAUGCUGCAACAUGCUCUUUAGAAAUCAAGAUCCUGGAUGUCAACGACAAUCUCCCUGUGGUUGAAAGUCGUACAUUUGAAGGAAGCAUUGAAGAAAACAGAGCAAACGUGGAAAUCAUGCGAAUAAAAGUGUUUGACAAAGAUGAAGAGUUUUCUGACAACUGGCUGGCAAACUUUUCAUUUGUUUCUGGUAAUGAAGGUGGCUUUUUUCGUAUAGUAACAGAUGCCAAGACAAAUGAAGGAGUUUUGACUGUUGUGAAGGAACUGGAUUAUGAAAAGAUGCAAAGCCUAAACUUGGGCAUUGUUGUAACAAACAAAGCAGAGUUCCACAAGUCAAUUAAACAUAGUUACAAGGCACAAACAAUUCCAAUCAAAAUUAAUGUGAUUAACGUGCGGGAGGGUCCCGUGUUCCCUGGUGGCACAAAAAUUAUUGAAGCAAGUGAGAAAUAUCAGAUAAAACAAGUUAUUGGACAGUAUCAAGCCCUUGAUGAAGACACUGGGAAAAUAGCAGAGAAGAUUAUAUACAUGAAAGGAAGAGAUGCAGCAAACUGGAUCACAAUAGACUCAGUCACAGGUGAAAUUAGACUUGCCAAAAAACUCGACUACGAAUCGCCUCACGUAGUGAAUGGUACCUACACUAUCACCAUAUUGGGUGUAACUACUGAUGUUCCUAAGAAAACAGCCACUGGCACAGUCGUUAUUCAAGUUCAAGAUGAGAAUGAUAACUGCCCAAUUAUUGUGAACCCUGUGCAGACUGUGUGUUCAGAUGCAAAAUUAAUUAAUGUUACAGCUAAUGAUUUGGAUGGUUAUCCAAACAGUGAUCCCUUCAGCUUCACUGUCAUUGAUGAGCCAGAAGGGAUGGCAGAAAAAUGGAUAAUUGCAUCCAGAAAUGGCACCAGCAUACAGCUGGCACCACAAAACCUGAAGCCGGGCAGAGCUGAAGUUCCCAUCCUAAUAAAGGAUUUCCAAGGAUUCAGCUGUGCCCAGGCACAGUCUCUGCAACUGACUGUUUGCAACUGCGCCGACAACGGCGUCUGCAAAGAGAAAGUUACUGCUGGCAAGUCCGUGGGCCUGGGACCAGGAGCAGUUGCACUCAUUGUCUUGGCAUUUUUACUUUUGCUGUUGAUUCCACUGCUGCUGCUGCUGUGCCCCUGCGGGGCGGGGCCGAAGGGCUUCGCGGCGAUCCCCGACCAGAGCGAAGCCGUGCUGCGCCAGUGGAACAGCGAGGGAGCAGCUCCCCAGGAGAAGCCAGUGCUAAACUUCAUCCCACCCACUGUGCUGGGGAGCGCCACAGGAGCGGCCAGCGGAGCAGCAGGAGCAAUGAGUGGAGAGGAAACUGCAUCAGGAGGAGGCUGCUCUGCUUCUCAGGUCAGACAGCAUCUCAACACUGUCACCAAGGAAGGAUGGGAAGAGCAAAGACAUCUCCUUUCUGGUGCUGAGUAUGGAGCCGUGGCAGCUGGAGGAGCUGAAGGCAUGGCAGGUGCAGAAGGCAAGACCGUGGUGGCUGGAGGAGGAGUCGUGAUGGGAGCAGCAGGAGCCAUGAAUGAAGAGUUUUUAAGAGACUACUUCAGUGACAAAGCUGUCUCUUUUGCCGAGGAAGACGAAGCCCAAGCCGCCAACGACUGUCUCCUGGUGUAUUCCCAAGGGGAGUCAGGCUCCCCUCACGGCUCCGUCGGCUGCUGCAGCUUUAUUGAAGGUGAUCUUGAUGACCACUUCCUCGAUGAUUUAGGAGACAAAUUUAAGACUCUGGCAGAGAUAUGCCUGGGCAGACCCAUCAACAUGAAAGAAGGGAGCUCCCGCAGUGAGUCAGGUUUCGGUUUUAGUGACGCAAAGCUGCGGUUCUUGGAUCAGCAAAACCCUUCCAGCUCUGAACAAGCCUUUGCCUCGGGCAGCCACUUCCAACCCAACCUGCCAGUGCACCUGGGGGGUGGUGCAGGAGAAGACACCCUGUCCAAGGAGGUGGUUACGGAAACGGCCUCCAUGUCACGCUCUGGGCAGCGCAGCGCCCGGCCCCUGCCCGCAGCCCACGCAGAGACCAGCUUCACCCUGACAGAAACAUCCUAUUCUGCAGGGGCUCCUGCCCGCCCCACUGCUGCCUUUCUAGACCCUCAGUUUAAGGAGAACGUGGUGGUGACAGAGAGAGUGCUGGCCCCCGCGUCGAGCUUGCAGGCUGUGGUGGAAGUCCCCACUUUGCCAGCUGGAAGUAACGUGGUGGUGACGGAGAGGAUGGUGAAGUCAGAGGGGGCUGGGCCAGGAGCCCUGAGGGUUCAGGAUCUCCCAGACUCCCACUACGUGGUGGUGAGGGAGAGGGAGAGGGUGCUUGUUCCUGCUGCAGAGCAGAGCUCGCUCAGCUUCCCCUCUCUGGCAGAGGGGCACAGCGUGGUGGCCAACGCCUCGGGGGUGCAGAGCAGAGCUGAGCUGGCAGCAGCUCCCCGCCCGGGAAGAGAAGAGCACUUGCUGAUCACAGACUCCCUGCUUAACCAGGCUGCAUCCAGCUUGGAAGGGCCACCUCCUGCCAGCACCACGCUCAGCAAGUCUUCCAGGGUCACCCAGUACAGCUCGGUGCAGUACAGCCGCUCCUAG